AUGGCACCGACGGUUACGCACUAUCGGGAUCAUCACAAGAUGAUCAAAGCAAUCGAAAAGUGCUCACUCCAAGCAACAUUUGGUCCAGAAAUCACAUCCACCGGAGAACUCUUGCCUAAAGAAUACAAUGUUUCUUCAGUCAAAGCAAGUCAUGACAGUGAUUUCAAUCCCAUCGAAAAGCGUACGCGUUUCAACAAGAUAUCUUUUUUUUCAGCUAGACCUCGUAUCAAGGCGGGUCUCUUGCCUAUGGAUCCGAUUGAUGAGGGUGACAACAUUGGUCCUGAUCUCAUGACGAAUGAUGGUGGUAUGCCUAUCGUUUUGACUAACAAGGAUGGCAACAUUCCUUCAACAUGGUCCACAAACUGUGGCAGUAUGGCCCCCAUUUCGACCCGUGAGGAUGGCAUAACACCAUUCCGCCAGAGCAACUUCUUUGGGCGGGUACCCCUGGAGAUAUGGGGCCAGAAGAUUGAAGAGCUUCGCCAGUGGACCGGCACGCAUAAAAUCUAUCGCGACAUCCAUGACUUAUCUUACUCAAAUCACAAGCAUCCAAAUCACGACCGGGUGUGGGACUCAAAGAACCUUUUCUGCAUCGGCUGUACCAAGGACACUAUGAAGAGAUGCGAAACUUGUGGGAGAUACUGCUGUCUCUGGUCAAUAUGCAAGGAGAUAGCCGGCCCACCCAAAGCUGGGAUCCUGCCACAGGAACGAGUCAAUGCAACUCAGUGGCUGAAAAAGAUCGCCGGCCUCAUGUCCUACGGUAUCGAUGAACCCACGUUCUUGGCAUGCUCUCGGUGCGGGAAAGUUCACUGUCCAAAGUGCACCAGUAUUUGUGAGAUAUGCGAUGGUCUUUCUUGCCCUGACUGCUGCGGCCGCUGCCCUAUCUGCCGGGUCCCUAAGUGCGUCCGUUGCAAACCCAACCGGGAGGAGGAAUGCUCGUAUCACAGUGGCCCGCCAGCGAUUUGA